GGAGUGGACGCUAAAAAAUCCUCGAGGAAUAAGACACGGGAGGGUGAAUUUGCACGCGCUAAAGGAGCUAUGGAGGUUUUAAAAUGUCUAUGCUUGCUCAUCUGCGCAUUUGUCAUCGCUCAAGUCGAGGGGAAAAAGACAUACGCAGACAUGUUCCCUCAUAAGCACGUAGGCAAGUUACCUAUCCCAGGCAAGUUACCUAUCCCGUUCCCCAUCCCGGGAUGGGACCCUGACUCUAUCCCUUGGGACGAUAAACUCUACCCGCCUAUGAAACCAGAACUCCAACGCAAACGCGGACCCGCGCCGACGGUUCGUCUGACGAGUGACAGUCCCGCCAUGAACGGCUCGAGCAUCACUUUCACCGCGGCGAUCGAGCACGCCCCGUGCACGAAGGAGGGCGCCAACGGGGAUCUGGUGAACGACGAGCACUGUGAAGACGCCAAUGGAUCAUGGAUGGAUGACUACGGCUUUGGGAAAUGUACGAACUUAAAGCGCUGUAACGUGUUCCCGGACGGGAAACCUUUUCCUCAGAGCAACGACUGGAGACGCAAGGGCUACGUCUAUGUCUGGCACACCAUGGGUCAGUACUUUGAGACAUGUGAUGGGCAGUCAUCCCACCUGUCCCUGAACACAAGUGGCUGGACGAUGGGCGCCGGCGUCAUGGAGGUUCUGGUGUACAGGAAACGAGAGACCAGGAAGUACGCCCCUAUGGCCACUGACAGCCAUGUCUUCUUCAUCACCGAUAAGAUCCCUAUCGCAGUGAAUAUGACUCAGAAGCUGGCGGUGAACCUCACCGAGAAGAACGUGUUUGUGCGUGGCUCUGAUGUGGUCUUCCAGGUCAACGUCCACGACCCCAGCAACUACCUGAAGAACGCUGCCGCCGUCGACUUCAUCUGGGACUUCCGCGAUGGCAACCAGCUGGUCACCCAUAGCAACGUGGCCACACAUGCCUACCGUGCCCUCGGCAACGUCACCGUCAAGCUGACCGUGGAGGCUGCGUUCCGCACACCCUGCCCUCCACCCACUCCCACACCCAUGCACAUCACUAUCCCUCCUACUAAAGCUGCUCCUACAGCUCCUCCUGCAACUCAUGCUAUCACUAGUAAGAUGGAGACCACCCCACAAGCUGAAGCAACCACUGCCCCUCCGCCUGCCCCAACCACACCCGCAGUUUCUGUGACGACGGCCUACGUGACUGACCUGCUGCCGACCGACCCGUUUGUGACGGCGGGAGUGACCGGAACACUGCCACCGAUGGUGAACCCCACGACUGGAGGAUCCACGAUGCCCCCCAUGUUCCACCAGGAACGCUCCAACUCCGACUGCUACCGCUACAUGUAUGGGACAUUUGAGGACGAGCUCAACAUCAUCGAGCCUUUGCCAAACAUGUUGCAGCGUGAUCCCCCUAGCAGGAUUGUAGAAGUGUCUGCUGACAAGGUGACCAACAGCACUGUCAACUUCCUGGUCACAUACCUGGGCAGCGACCCCACCUCGGCGUGCACAGUUGUGUCGGAUGCCACUUGCCACCAGGUGAAGAGCAUCAAGUGUGAUGACGUUCCCAUGGUACCCCUGGGUUGCCAGGUGAUCCUGAGACGCACCUUCCACGAGCCCGGCACCUACUGCGUCAACAUCAUCCUGGAGGACUCCAAGAGCAGAUCUCUGGCAACCACCACCGUGACCAUCGACAAGAGCACCAAUCAGGUGUCCAAGUCCUCCCGCGCCGCUGAGGUGGUUCUGUCCAGCAGUGCCGUUCUGGUGGCCAUCUUUGCCUUCAUCGCAUUCAUGGUGUACAAGCGCUACAAGGUGUACCGGCCUGUGCGGCGAUCCCUGGUGGAGGAUGCGGGAGAACCCCCAAGGGUCGGAGGUCACAUGGAGAGGCUGAAGGCAGCCCUCUUCCCAACCAAUGAGGAACGGAGUCGCCUGUUGACAGACAGGCGCCCCCUGUAAACCACACGCGGGAACAGCAAAUGGGAGAGGGAUGAGAGUGUAUGGCAGAGGUUGCCUACUGAGCAGUACAUGGCAUAUACUCAGCAGCAGUGA